AUGCUGGAUCCGGACGAUCUGAGUCCCGGCGAAAUUGUGUUUUCGGCCGACGAUUCCGUCGGCGACAAAUCGUUUUUGGCCGACUUUUUCGGCAAAAAGCAACAAUUCGGCAUGUCUUCCAAGUGAGUUUCACGGCCUAGGAUCCGCCAAGCGGUCCCCAAUGGUUGAUGGCCUAGAAAUGUCGUUAAAGUUGAGAAUCUAGUCCGCCAAGUGAACGGAUGGCCUAGAGAACUUCAAAAUAGGAAAACUAGUCCUCAAGUGGUGGCCUAGAAACUCAAAAUAAGUCCUUCUCCCCAAAUACUUGCUCUUUCCCUCAAAUGAAUGAAAGUAUCUUCCAUUCAUCUAUUUUUCCUCAAAAGAAGGUCACAAACAACUACAAUGCUUGAGUCCUGGUCCCACUCGCUCGCUCUCUCUCUCUCUCUCUCUUUCUCUUUCUGUUUUCCAUUCAAAAGCGGUCUCUUUCUCUCUCUUUCUCUUUCCAAUUUGGGAUCGGAUGACUGAUUUCCCCUUCCUUUAUUUCGGUCCCCUUCUCAACCUUUCCCUCAAAAAGUUGACUCUGUCCCCUAUCCAAGCGGGACCAUGCGCCCAACCACUGGGACCAUUUUACGUGACUUCCAACUACUUGGAUCCCAUGUUACAUUCUGUGUACUUUGUGUAAAAACCUUGUCGUCCGGCAGGCUCCGCCCCCUUUUCUGUCAGUUGGUCCCACUCGAUCCGAUCGAAUGCCAGAGGUCUUCUCGUUUUCCGCUUUUUUAGAAAAAAAAACUUUGAUUGUCUAGCAAAUUGUUGGCUUCUUUCCUUAUCACAAACUCUAAACAACAAAGCAAGUCUCUUGCUUGCGCGAUUUUGGUGCCUCGGCGCAUUUCUCGAGCCUUUUACCGUUUACCACCGCAAUUUUUCCAAUUUCCUCAAAAAAAAAGUCGACACUUUUUGCUGACGCGUCUUUAGUGCCUUUGCGCCGUUUCGGUGAUCGCUUUUUUGCAGAAACUCAUUCGAAAAACCAAUUUUCCGGCGCAGAUCAGCGAGACUACAUUUUCAGUCGUAUUUUCGAGAAAUGUGCACGCGUGUGAGCAUAAUAAAUGGAUAAAAAUAAUCUCGACUUUGAUAUUGAUGAAAAGCCGAAUGAUCUAUGGCCCGGAUUCGCAAAAAACGCGCUCGAAAUCCCACUCAUUUUCCCAGUGACUCACUCGAAAAAAUGAAGCCGAUUUGUGCGGAUUUUCCCGAUUUUUCGCAUAAAAUAAGAGCAAAAUCGCCAGAUUUUGCAUUCAAAAAAAAGUUUGUCUAGACACUGAAAAUGCGUGAGCACUUGUUUUCGGCUCUUUUUCUAACAUUUUCCAGUAGAUAUCGAAAAACGCGUCAACGCACCGAAAAUGCGCCAUUUUCUCACUUUCUUUUGGCGUCCAACGCAUUUUCAGACGCGAAAAAGUGCGCAAUAGUUGAUUGGCCGUAAUUAUUGCAUUUUUGCCCGUCUGCGCCCUCCGUCACCUUCCGUUUCUGUCGCUGACUCGAAAAACUCGACUCCUUUUGUUUCUCUUCGCCCCAAGCAGAUACUUUUACGCAUUAAAGUGCGGCAACGCAUCGUUUCGCAGUUUCAACACAAAAAAGUGCGUUGACGCAAGAAAUUGCGUCAAAAGUUUCUCUUGUUUUCGACUCAGCUGACAUCCUCAUCUGCUCCGAAAUCCGGCUAAAAGAAAUCGAAUAUGGAGCCGAAAAAAGAUUAAGAGUGGGGGGAGAUUAGGAGCCCCUCUUUGCUCACGAGCACAUCCGUCUUCGUUGCUCCGCGAGCCGCGAACCCCUCCCCAAAAUUGGCCUUCCGUCCUCGUAUUCUUCCGUUUCCGGACCCCAUCCGUCCAACGUUACCGUCAUGAUUCGGAUGGUCCAAAAGUCCAUUGUACGCUCACUUUUUACGGGAUUUUCGGGGGGGGACAACGUUGACGCAACCACUUUUUGAUGAUCCUUAAUAUUAUUAGUUUUGAAGAUUCAGCGCCCACUUCUUCUCCCUCCCCGAAAUCCCACUCACUUUUUCUGAAACUCUUCCGACGUUUUCCUCCAACAACACAUAUUCUAGCGUGAGAAUCAAAGAAUGAAAUCGUUCGAAAACAAGCCGCAGGAGCACUGGAUAUUCGAAGAGUAUCUGCCCGUCAGGUGAGAAACGGAAGUGCGUCAACGCAUUCCGCGUCAGCGAACAACGCACAAACUUCCAGAAAAGUCAUAGUAAAUAAUACAAAGUUCCUCAAAUGUUGAGUUCAAAAACUGAACCAGAGUAGAUGCUCAACGUAUUUUUCUGCGUUGACGCGCUUUUUCUAAGCGAUCCGUGCUCAUUAGUCGGUUCGUAAUCUAUAACCAAAAAGGACUAUAAUCGGAUUAUCUCCUCUCCUACACUCUGUUUUUUUUGCGAAUAUCAAAUAUCAUCCAUCCGUUUUUUUCAACACCCCUUUUUCGAAUGGAUAAGCCAAAAUGAUGAUAUCGGGCGGCGAAAAUGUCAAUCCGAGAGGGGGGGCAAAGUCAAUAAAAAUAAGCAGAUUUAUGAAGGGAUACUUGCGGCGCCGAAAAGUUCGUCUGCAAUGGAUUUGAGGGAUUGGGGGACUUUCUAGGCCACCGAAUUGGGAAGUUAGGCCAUCAAACUGCAAAAGUUAGACCGCCAAGCAUCUAUUGAUGGUUUUGGGUUUCUAGGCCAUUAAUGUGUAAAGUUAGGCCAAAACAAUAGAGUAAUAGGACCGUGUCUGCAAAAGUUAGGCCAUCACCUUGUUUUCCUAGUCCACCCACUAAUCUCUGAACCAAUUCCACCAAAAAGACCGCCAGACGAAUCGGUCUGUCACUUGCAAUGUGGCGUGUCACUUGCCACGUGUCAUGCUCAUGAUCACAAUGACGUCAUCGACGCGAAAGAACCGUCAAAAGUCGUCACCCGUGUGGUCCCUGGUUGCUCAAGAACACGCUCAUUCUGACAUGUGUUCACCUAUUUUUGAGUGGCAAGUGGAAAAAAUGCGCAUUCCGCCUCGCAACUCGAUUUGUCGUUGUGGUGGAAGCCCUUCGCCGACCGGCACCGCCCCCUCGACCACUCUGCCUUUUCGUGUUCCCACUCGUUCACUCGAAAUAUGCUGUUCGUGUCAAAAUCCGCGCCAACUUCGCAGCCGCCACUCGAAUUUGACGACGUUUUCAGGUGCUUCUCGCUCAAUUUUCGAGAUAUUCAAGUUCAAAAUUGAUCCCGAAUUGCCCUCAAAAUAGACGGUGGCCUGGCUUCUCAAAUUUUGCAAGUAAAGUAUGAAAUCACCUAACCGUAUUGCAGUCUGACCGGUCUGAUAGUAUUGUGCAUCGUGCUGACUGCCGUCGUCGUCAUCUUCUUCGGCUGUUAUCUCAUGAUGCGAUUCAUGCACAGAGCACUUGCCAGGGACGACUCAAAGGAUGUGCUCAGUAAGUGAAAGUUGUAGUUGAGCAUUCGAAACCGACGCUCAUUUCAGGAGCUGCGAAUCCGUACAACAACGUGGUGAUGCACUCGAAACGAGUCUAUGAGAUCCAGGCGGAAGAGGGCUGCUUCACGGGACCGCCCGAUCCAUUGGACCCUAGCGAAAUUGAGUGCGUUUCUGAAAAUGUGGAUAUUGUAGGCUUCUGCAAAGUUUUAACGAUUUAGAAACGUUUUUGCGAGAUCUUCACGUCUAGUACUUGAUUUUUGUAGUUGACAACUUUUCGGUACCUCCACUUCCUGCAGUAUUGUAGCCCCGGAAAGAUAGGCCUAGUUCGUUGCUUUUCAGAAGAAAGUUUUGAGAGCUACAGUACUCCAGGGAGUGUUUGUACGAAAAAGUUGUCAAUUGCAAAAAUGAAGUAUAAGUUAUGAACUUUAUUUUUGUAGUUGACAACUAUUCGGUUCCUCCCCUCCCUGCAGUACUGUAGCCUCGGAAAGUUGGCGUUCAUGAGAAUUCACUUUAACUACCCCCAACUUCCCGGAGCUACAGUAUCCUUGGGAAUGGUUGUACGAAGAAGUUGUCAAUUGCAAAAAUCAAGCACUUAGUGCGAAGAUUUGCCGAAACAAACGUUUAGAGCCAUAGGUCACCGCAGAAGUCUACAAUAGUCGAUCAAAGUUGUCUUUGGUCCCUAUUCUCUUGAAGUUUGCGGAGAAGCACUCGAAGGAAGCUUUGCAAGUACGCUUUUUUUGCAGUGAAGAUCAACAGGCGGAAUCGCAGAACACUUCAAUCUAUAUUGAAGACGAAGAGCCGCAAAAAGUACGAAAACCAGAGACCGGCGAUUUGAGGUGCAUCAGGAGUGGCGAGAAUUUCGACGACGAUCCGCGGGCCAUGCUCAGGAAGAAACAGAAGGUACACACGCAUAUUUUUCUCCUAAUUUUGCAUAUUAUAUAUAUAUAUAUAUAUAUAUUGUAAGCCUAAACUGGAUUCUGUAGCGUGUCAUAGAAAAAACGCAUGAUUUUUUCCAAAAAUUGCCAACGUUUUGCAGGUCCACAAAGACUCGGUGUGCGCGUUCCUGUUCAAGCCCCAACCGGAACCGAAAAUGGUGUGA